AUGGGAAUGGAGAGUAAUUUUCAGAUGAAAGUGGAGACAGGGGAUGCUGGUUAUGUGCUCGAAGAUGUUCCUCACUUGACCGAUUACAUUCCCGAUCUCACUACUUACCCAAAUCCGUUGAGGUUCAAUCCUGCGUAUUCAGUUGUGAAGCAAUAUUUUGUUCAUGUGAAUGAUACUGUACCCCAAAAGGUUGUUGUUCACAAGAAUGGUCCAAGAGGGAUACAUUUUCGACGUGCUGGACCCCGGCAAAAGGUUUAUUUUAACUCAGAUGAGGUGCAUGCUUGUAUUGUAACAUGUGGUGGUUUGUGCCCUGGGAUAAAUACAGUGAUCAGGGAGCUUGUAUGCAGUCUCUAUCACAUGUAUGGCGUCAACAAAGUCCUUGGAAUAGAUGGAGGGUAUAGGGGUUUCUAUUCCAAAAAUACUAUACCAUUAACUCCGAAGGUUGUAAAUGACAUUCAUAAACGUGGCGGUACAAUCCUUGGAACAUCUCGAGGAGGCCAUGAUACCUCAAAGAUAGUUGACUGCAUUCAGGACCGGGGAAUUAAUCAGGUUUACAUAAUUGGAGGGGAUGGAACUCAGAAAGGAGCAGCAGUGAUUUAUGAGGAAGUUAGGCGGCGUGGUCUUAAAGUUGCAGUUGUUGGGAUCCCCAAAACGAUUGAUAAUGACAUUCCGGUUAUCGACAGGUCAUUUGGUUUUGAUACUGCUGUAGAGGAAGCUCAACGUGCCAUAAAUGCCGCUCAUGUUGAAGCUGAAAGUGCAGAGAAUGGUGUAGGUGUAGUGAAGCUAAUGGGUCGCUACUGCGGAUUCAUUGCAAUGUAUGCUACUCUAGCCAACCGAGAUGUGGACUGUUGUUUGAUUCCAGAGUCACCUUUCUAUCUUGAAGGAAAUGGUGGACUACUUGAAUUCAUAGAGAAACGGCUUAAAGAAAGUGGGCACAUGGUCAUUGUGAUAGCUGAAGGAGCAGGACAGGAGCUUCUUUCAGAGAGUUUGCAGGCCACAAAUGAGCAAGAUGCUUCGGGAAACAAGCAACUCCAAGAUGUUGGGUUGUGGAUUUCUCAGAGGAUCAGGGAUCAUUUUGCAAGGCAAUGUAAGAUGUCUAUUACUCUUAAAUAUAUAGAUCCCACAUACAUGAUCCGUGCCAUUCCAAGCAAUGCAUCUGACAACGUGUACUGCACCCUCCUUGCUCAAAGUGCUGUUCAUGGAGCAAUGGCAGGAUACACAGGCUAUACAAGCGGGCUUGUCAAUGGCAGACAGACGUAUAUUCCUUUCAAUCGCAUUAUUGAGCGACAGAACAAAGUUGUGAUUACUGAUAGGAUGUGGGCAAGGCUCCUUUCUUCAACCAAUCAGCCAAGUUUCCUGGAUUCUAAAGAUUUAAUUGAAUUCAAAAAAGCGGAAGAGACUCCAACCCAACAGCUGGAUGGGGAGAGUUGUAAAGAAGACAAGCCAGGUAACUAA